AUGACAAUGAUCCUACAUUAUAAUGCCACCAUGACAAUGAUCCUACAUUAUAAUGCCACCAUGACAAUGAUCCUACAUAACAAUGCCACCACGACAAUGAUCCUACAUAACAAUGCCACCACGACAAUGAUCCUACAUAACAAUGCCACCAUGACAAUGAUCCUACAUAACAAUACCACCAUGACAAUGAUCCUACGUAACAAUGCCACCACGACAAUGAUCCUACGUAACAAUGCCACCAUGACAAUAAUCCUACGUAACAAUGCCACCACGACAAUGAUCCUACGUAACAAUGCCACCAUGACAAUGAUCCUACAUAACAAUGCCACCAUGACAAUGAUCCUACAUAACAAUGCCACCAUGACAAUGAUCCUACGUAACAAUGCCACCACGACAAUGAUCCUACGUAACAAUGCCACCAUGACAAUGAUCCUACGUAACAAUGCCACCAUGACAAUGAUCCUACAUAACAAUGCCACCAUGACAAUGAUCCUACAUAACAAUGACACCACGAUAAUGAUCCUACAUAACAAUGCCACCAUGACAAUGAUCCUACAUAACAAUGCCACCAUGACAAUGAUUCUACAUAACAAUGCCACCAUGACAAUGAUCCUACAUAACAAUGCCACCAUGACAAUGAUCCUACAUAACAAUGCCACCAUGACAAUGAUCCUACGUAACAAUGCCACCAUGACAAUGAUCCUACAUAACAAUACCACCAUGACAAUGAUCCUACGUAACAAUGCCACCACGACAAUGAUCCUACGUAACAAUGCCACCAUGACAAUAAUCCUACGUAACAAUGCCACCACGACAAUGAUCCUACGUAACAAUGCCACCAUGACAAUGAUCCUACAUAACAAUGCCACCAUGACAAUGAUCCUACAUAACAAUGCCACCAUGACAAUGAUCCUACGUAACAAUGCCACCACGACAAUGAUCCUACGUAACAAUGCUACCAUGACAAUGAUCCUACGUAACAAUGCCACCAUGACAAUGAUCCUACAUAACAAUGCCACCAUGACAAUGAUCCUACAUAACAAUGACACCACGAUAAUGAUCCUACAUAACAAUGCCACCAUGACAAUGAUCCUACAUAACAAUGCCACCACGACAAUGAUCCUACAUAACAAUGCCACCAUGACAAUGAUCCUACAUAACAAUACCACCAUGACAAUGAUCCUACGUAACAAUGCCACCACGACAAUGAUCCUACGUAACAAUGCCACCAUGACAAUAAUCCUACGUAACAAUGCCACCACGACAAUGAUCCUACGUAACAAUGCCACCAUGACAAUGAUCCUACAUAACAAUGCCACCAUGACAAUGAUCCUACAUAACAAUGCCACCAUGACAAUGAUCCUACGUAACAAUGCCACCACGACAAUGAUCCUACAUAACAAUGCCACCAUGACAAUGAUCCUACAUAACAAUGCCACCAUGACAAUGAUCCUACGUAACAAUGCCACCACGACAAUGAUCCUACGUAACAAUGCCACCAUGACAAUGAUCCUACAUAACAAUGCCACCAUGACAAUGAUCCUACAUAACAAUGCCACCAUAACAAUGAUCCUACAUAACAAUGCCACCAUGACAAUGAUCCUACGUAACAAUGCCACCACGACAAUGAUCCUACGUAACAAUGCCACCAUGACAAUGAUCCUACAUAACAAUGCCACCAUGACAAUGAUCGUACAUAACAAUGCCACCAUGAUUACGUGA